AAAGCGCGCGUCUUCCUUCCGGGCAGGCGGGCCUCAGGCGGCGGCGGCGGCGGCGGCGGCGGGGUCCCUCCGCGAUGCUGCUGACGGUCUUCUGCCUGCGGCGGGACCGCUCCGAGCUGACCUUCUCGCUGCAGGUGGACGCGGACUUCGAGCUCCAGAACUUCCGCGCCCUCUGCGAGCUCGAGUCCGGCAUCCCCGCCGCCGAGAGCCAGAUUGUCUAUGCAGAGGUGCCCCUAACUGACAACCAUAGAUCACUGGCUUCCUACGGACUGAAAGAUGGAGAUGUGGUGGUAUUGCAGCAAGUGGAGAAUGCAGAAAAACGGCCGGCAGCUGCCUUCCCUGGUUUGCCCCGGAUAGACUUCAGCAGCAUCACGGUGCCCGGGACGUCGGCCCAAACAGCACCGAUGCCCCCACAACAGCCUGGGCCGCCCUCUCGCGCGUCUCCUCCCGAAGUCCCCCCCGCGCCUCCAGGUUUGGACAACCCUGGCCUCCUCCGGGACAUGCUGCUGUCCAACCCACACGAGCUCUCGCUGCUGAAGGAGCGCAACCCGCCCCUGGCGGAGGCCUUGCUGAGCGGAGACCUUGAGAAGUUCACCCAGGUCCUGGUGGAGCAGCAGCAGGAUCGGGCCCGCCGGGAGCAGGAGAGGCUCCGUCUGUUCUCUGCGGACCCUUUUGACCUGGAGGCUCAGGCAAAGAUCGAGGAGGACAUCCGGCAGCAGAACAUCGAGGAGAACAUGACAAUUGCCAUGGAAGAGGCCCCCGAGAGCUUCGGCCAGGUGGUCAUGCUCUACAUCAACUGCAAGGUGAACGGCCACCCCGUGAAGGCCUUUGUGGACUCGGGUGUUCAGAUGACCAUCAUGAACUGGCUUGCUUGAGAGGUGCAACAUCCCAUAAGACUGGUGGACCGGCGGUGGGCCGGCAUUGCGAAGGGCGUGGGCACUCAGAAGAUCAUUGGCCGAGUGCAUCUAGCUCAGGUCCAGAUUGAAGGGGAUUUCCUGCCCUGCUCGUUCUCCAUCCUGGAAGAGCAGCCCAUGGACAUGCUGCUAGGACUGGAUAUGCUGAAGAGGCACCAGUGCUCCAUUGACCUCAAGAAGAAUGUCUUGGUGAUUGGCACCACCGGCUCUCAGACAACCUUCCUGCCAGAGGGGGAGCUCCCGGAGUGCGCAAGGCUGGCUUACGGGGCUGGCCGGGAGGAUGUCAGGCCAGAAGAGAUUGCAGACCACGAACUGGCAGAGGCUAUCCAAAAAUCUGUCGAGGAAGCAGAGAUUACUGGCAAAGAAACUACCUCACCGAAACAGUCUUUGUUGCCGAGUUCUGAUGGAUUUCAGCAUCCAGUCCAUUUUCCCGAAGUGGCUCUGAAGACCAGGAAGUCCUUCAGGCGGCCCCUCGAUCGCUCCGCCUCUGCUCCCACCCUCUGCUCCCACAAGUGCAGUCUGGCUCAGACUGUUAACCCGACAGCUGCAAAGUCUGUAGAAUCCCUUCCUGAGUGCCCAGCCGCUCUCGGGAGGGAAGGACUGCUGGAUCUUUCUGAUGGUGAAACUUUCACCCGAGUUGAUGCUUCUCGAGCUGCAACAGAACCGUGCCGUCAUACAAAAAGUCCCUCACCCAACACGUGUGCAAAACUGGUCACUUCUGGCACUCCAAUGCCAUCUUGUGCUAAGGGCAGUGGUCCAGGUCUAGAGUCUCCUUUGGAAGAAACAGGAGGGAGUAGUUAUGCCCCAGCAGGAGACGUCGCUGGUCUGCUGCCUCCCUCGCUUUUGAAAUUGAGCCAAAUGGGUCCCAGUCCCCAUGAAGAGCUUGGCCCGGAACAGCCCCCAGACGAGACAACCAGAAGCCAAGAUGAUUUGUCUGCCAAGGGUGAAUCCCCAUCCCCUGCACGUGGAGGGCAGGCCAUGGAUCACGUUCUGCCUGAGGGGUGGAAGUUUUCCUGUGAGGGGACCCAGAGGCCAGAAUCUGCGCCACACCAGCUUCCUGGGGAUGAAACCGUCAUGGAAGUGGAGGUCACAGAUCAGGUCCUUAUUUCUGCGGAGAGCCAGCUGAAAGAGCAGCGCUUUGGUUUGUCUGCCGUGAACUCGGAGUGCUCCAUGAUGGAGGCCCAGUCAUCCCAGCCUGACUCUUCUCUCUCCGCUGAUCCUAUCUCUGCAAAGGACUUGGGGCAGCCUGGAAGAGCAGCAGUGGAAUCCGCAGACAUGGCUGCCCCUGCCGGCUGCUCAGGUCCUCCUCCUCCUCCUCCUGAAGGGCAGGUGGGCCACCAGGCGGAAGGGGCUUGUCCCUCCCUCACGUCAGCCUUGAAGGAGCUCCAUCAGCUUCUGGUUGCCAGCUACAAAAAGGCUUCUUGGCCCCAGAGCCUUGAUCAGCCAAGGACCUUUCCUGAAGAGGACGCUGCCUUUCAAGAGGAGCGUGGAUGUGGCCGAGACAUCCGGGAUGUGGAACUCUCCUCUCCCGAAGGGGUGCCGGCGUGUCCUGGGGCUGGAGCCUCUGCAGGGGAGUGGCUCUCUGGGGCUGGAGCAGAGGACGGGCAGGAGGCCCUGGAACCACCAGAUUCUCUCCUCAUCCAGGAGCCUUUGGGUUGGGACAGCUCCAUUGUUCGGAGAUCUUCCGCAGCCUCCCAACCGCCUCCGUGUGGUGAGUGCACUGAAAUGUUAUCUCCGUGCUUGUCUCCUGACCAUGCUGCAGGCGACGAAGCUGUGGAGCAGACUCCCUCUGACCUCACGCGGGGCACUGAAUCUUGGAGGGUUCUGGAUUUUCCCCCAGGAGAGCCUGGAGUGCCGGUCUCCUCGGAUGCCACUGAACCAGCUGCGCUGCACAUCUGCUCUCCAGAAAUGGAUUCUGCACCUUCUCGGCCUCCACUUUUCUCCUCUGUGGACAUUGCUCAAAUUACGAGAGCAGGCUUCACACCCCAGGAAGCCAGCGAGGCCCUUGAGCAAGCUGGUGGCAACGUGGAUCUUGCCCUCCUCAUUUUGUUAGCCAAGAAUAUUGUCGUUCCUACAUAACCGUGAAAAAGAUGGCCAGGCUCCUGCUCUUUACUUCCUUCAAGAAUUUAUCUUGACUGCAUAGAGUACUCUGCUUGGGUUUUUGAGCUAGAUGUUUGUUUUUUUAAUGCUUUAUUUUCAGCCAAAGUAUCCUCUGUCUGUCUUUUUCCCCUUGUUCAAUUCAGGCUUUAAAAAAAAAUCAAAUCUUGAACCACAUGUCAACUUUUAAUUACUACUAUUAUUGAGGUACUGCAUUAUGAAAUAAAGAUAAUCUUUUAUUUAAA